GUGCGGGAGAUGCGCAGGCGAUAGAACACCAGAGGUUACAGUUCAGGACGUAGUGUUUGUGUGUCCUCGUUGCUGCCGCCAUUUUUUUUCCCACUUCCCUGAAUCCCGGUCCCGUAUUCCGCCAAGACCCACAACGUCCGGACCUGGAUCAGGAACAUCUGAGAUUUUCUGGAGAGAGCUGCAUAAUCCACACAUUUGGAUUCAUUGACAUGGAUCCUGGUGUUGAAGGAGGACUCAAUGUCACCUUGACUCUCAGGCUGCUGAUGCAUGGAAAGGAAGUGGGAAGUAUCAUUGGGAAGAAAGGAGAGACAGUGAAGAAGAUGCGAGAAGAGAGUGGAGCACGAAUUAAUAUCUCUGAGGGCAACUGUCCUGAGCGGAUUGUUACUCUGUCAGGACCCACCAGUGCCAUCUUCAAAGCAUUCACCAUGAUCACUCACAAACUGGAGGAGGAUAUCAACAGUGGCAUGGUGAACAGCAAUGCCUCCAGCCAGCCUCCAGUCACUCUGCGAAUUGUUAUCCCAGCCAGUCAGUGCGGAUCGCUGAUCGGGAAAGGCGGUUGCAAAAUCAAGGAGAUCCGUGAAUCAACCGGAGCCCAGGUCCAGGUGGCUGGCGAUAUGCUACCCAACUCAACUGAAAGAGCUAUCACAAUUGCUGGGACUCCACCAUCCAUCAUUGAGUGUGCCAAACAGAUCUGUGUGGUGAUCCUGGAGCAAUCUCCACCGAAGGGUAUUACUGUGCCAUACCGACCUAAGCCCAUCUCAGCUCCUGUCAUCUUUGCAGGUGGGCAGGCUUAUACCAUUCAGGGACAGUUUGCCAUUCCACAUCCUGAUCUAACUAAGCUUCACCAAUUGGCCAUGCAGCAGACACCUUUCACACCGGUGGGACAAACCAGCCCUGGAUAUUCUGGUCUGGACUCCUCUCAGACUAGUUCUCAUGAAAUUGCCAUACCCAAUGAUCUGAUUGGAUGUAUCAUUGGACGACAAGGUAGCAAGAUUAAUGAAAUCCGACAGAUGUCUGGGGCACAGAUCAAGAUCUCCAACCCUGCCGAAGGCUCGAAUGACCGACAGAUCACCAUCACUGGCUCACCUGCCAACAUUAGUCUGGCACAGUACCUUAUUAAUGCAAGGUUGUCUUCCGAAGCAUCAGGAAUGGCGAGUCAGUAAUACAGUCUCCUUGACCAGUUCUACGCCCAUGCAGUUUGUAAAUUUGUACCUGUCUGCGGCCUGGCAGUUCAACUACCCUGUCUUUCUUCCUUCGCUACCCUUUCCUUUGUUGGAUAUUCCUGCACCCAAAUCUCUAUAUAUUUGCCUUUCCUCUGCUCCCCUCUUUUUACUUGCUUUGGAUUUUUUUGACUUUUGAUUUGAAAACCAUCAUUUAAGAGAGAUGGUUGAAAGUGCAUAACAGCAGUUGUAUCCCAAGCAGACUGAUGUCUCCCUGGUGUCAACUAAAAUUCUGUAAUGUUGGAAUUUUUUAAUAAAUGAAAAGACAAGAACAA